GGACAACAAAAUGGUAGAAAUCACAGAAGUGAUAGAGCCAGAGUGGCAGACACGUAAUGAUAUACAAAAUCUGGUUAAUCAAAAGACUUUACAGUGGGUUUUUGUAGGAGGAAAAGGAGGGGUUGGCAAAACUACAAUAUCGUCGUCAAUCGCUACUGCCCUUGCAGAAACCAGAGAAUCGGUAUUACUGCUGUCUACUGAUCCUGCACAUAGUCUCAGCGAUGCUUUCGGACAGAAGUUUACCCAUGAACCUCGAUUGGUCAAUGGAUUCACAAAUUUGUAUGCUAUGGAAUUGAAUACAUCGCAAAUUAUCGAUGGGCUAGAUGGAUUGAGAGAAACGCAUUCAUUUCUCAAAAAUGUACCGGACAUCCUUAUGAUGUUGCCGGGAAUAGACGAGGCCCUUUCCUUUGUGGAACUUAUGCAGUCAGUGCAAAGCAGGCGCUUUUCUGUCACCAUUUUUGACACCGCGCCUACUGGACAUACCCUCAAAUUUUUAAAGCUGCCAGACGUCUUGGAAAAGAUUUUAGACUCACUAUUGAAAUUGGAAAACACAAUGGGAGGCUUAUUACAACUAUUUUCUUCUAUGACCAAGGCACAGAUGUCGCAAAAUGAACUCUUUGAUAAAAUCAAACUGUUAGGGGAUAUGAUCAAUACGACACAUGAACAGAUGAAGAAUCCUGACCUUACCACAUUCAUCUGUGUUUGCAUCCCUGAGUUCUUAAGUGUAUACGAAACUGAAAGGUUAAUACAAGACUUGGCAAAGAGCGAAAUUGACUGUUCCUACAUUAUUGUAAACCAAGUCCUUAAACACAUUCAAUUAGGAGGACUCAUCGAAGAUGCGUGGGACGGACUCACCGAAGAACAGCAACGCAUAAUGACUCCAUUCUUCGAAAAGGUUAGAGAGCACCACUCCACCCACAACAGCAGGGUGGAUGUGCAGCGAAAGUAUCUGAGCGACAUCAAAGAUCUAUAUCAAGAAGAUUUUAACAUAGUUGCUGUUCAUCAGAACAAGCAAGAAGUAAGAGGCAAAGAUGCUCUUGUGGCAUUUGCAAAGAAGCUAAUGCAACACAGUCCCCUUCCCAUAUAAGCUGGAAAACACUUUUAGCUACAUUAGUCCGCUAAACGGACGCUCAUGCCUUUGGCAGCCUUGCGUAAAUCUUCGUCAUUGCUCUGGACACAAUUUCAAGUCCAUUAUGUGGAACGAACCUUCUCAAGCAAUUUUAGUUUACUUAAAGCACCGGAUGCUUUGACA